AUGCGGAUCGUGGACGACGACGUCAGCUGGAGCAGCAUUGCUGCCGUCCAGGAGAAGAAGGAGGAGGAGGAGGAGGAGGACGAAGGGGACAUGCCGGUGGUGGCGGAAUUCAUUGAUGAGCGUCCAGACGAAGUGAAGCUCAUGGAGGAGUUCCGAACAAAUACUAAAUGGCGACUUUUAGGAGACCAGAAUGAAGACUCGCAAAGCUCGGAUAUUUCGGUACCGGCCAAAUCUACCGCGAGGCGGCAGCGCCACGACUCCCCGGACAGCUCGCCGCCAAGGAGGCUGCGGCACGACUCCCCAGAGAAAUCGCCUCCCGGGCAACAGCGCCACGACUCCCCGGAUCUGUCCCCUCCCAGGCGAGAGAGAAACGAUUCCCCCAAGCUCUUGCCUCCCAGGCGACAGCGCCACGACUCCCCGGACCUCUCCCCGCCAAGAAGGGCGACAGCGGACAGCGUCACGACUCUGUCGCCUCCCAGGCGACAGCGUCACGACUCCCCGGACCUGCCGCCCCCCAACGACUCCCCGGACCUGUCGCCUCCCAGGCGACAGCGUCACGACUCCCCGGACCUGUCGCCACCAAGAAGGAAGCACAGCGGCUCCCCGGCCCUCUCUCCCCCGAGACGGAAGCGUCACGACUCCCCAGACCUGUCGCCUCCCAGGCGACAGCGCCACGACCCCCCAGACGUCUCCCCAACGAGAGUCGGUUCCGCCGUGGGGAAAAAGGGCUGCAAAGCCACAGACAAGUCACAAUCGGGGGGAGUCCAAGGAGAGCAAUCUCAGCUCAGGCACGGCGUCUCUGACAAGUCCUCGUCACGUCAGAAGCGUCAGGCUACUCCGGAUCUGUCCCCUCCACGGAAGAAGAGGUACGAUUCUGACCCAGAUUCGUCACCGCCUCGGAGAAAGAGGACUGGGUCACCGAGUCUGAAAAAGCAGAGCGGAACAAAAGGUGCUUCUCCAGCCACGAAAAAGCUUAGGCGGGUGCCCUCGCCUCAGAGGUGCCUGAGGCGCGACUCUGACUCUCCAUCUCCACGGAGGGGUGCCCGGAACGCCUCCGAUGCAGACCGCAGGCUAGGCCGUGUACGCAGCGUUUCCCCGAAGCGUGGUCCUCCCAAAGAAGAUCAGGGCAAAUCUUCAGGCUCCGAUUUAUCUCCCCCGCGACGGACUGUGCCGGCCGGGAAGGAUCAGCACGGUUCGAGGGGUCCCCCUGACCUCUCGCCUCAUCGCCACCGUGACGCUAAGGGGUCUCCCAAGAAGGCAAACGUGAUGUUAUCUGGGGUCAAAGCUGGCUUGGUGUCAGCUGAUGUGCUGCGGAGGGAACAGCAGGAGCUCAGGAGGCACGAGAGAAAUCACAAGCACUUGGAAGAGGAAUCCCGACACUCUGAGACCGUCUUCCGAGACAAGUCAGGCCGCAAGAGGGACCUCGCGCAGGAGCGGCUGGAGCAGAGGCAGAAAGCUGAAGCGAAGUCCGAGAGAGACGAGCAGUACGCCAAAUGGGGUAAAGGGCUAGCGCAGGGCAGGCAACAGCAGCAGAACGUGGAAGAUGCAAUAAAAGAGAUGCAGAAGCCCUUGGCCCGUUACAUUGAUGACCAGGAUCUGGAUCGAAUGCUGAGAGAGCAAGAGAGAGAAGGAGACCCCAUGGCUGACUUCAUCAAAAAAAGGAAGGCCAAAGAGAACAAAGAAAAGAAAGAAAAACCUAGGUACAAUGGACCAGCCCCUCCGCUCAACAGAUUUAAUAUAUGGCCCGGGCAUCGCUGGGAUGGUGUGGACAGGUCCAACGGAUUCGAGCAGCAGCGCUUUGCCAGGAUAGCCAACAAGAAGGCGGUUCAGGAGCUUGCGUACAAGUGGAGCGUCGAGGACAUGUAGGCGAGACGAAGAACCACGCAGAGCAGCGCUCCUGAACGGGCGCUGCGGAGGUCCGCCUGCUGCCGCUGCCAGAGCUGAGAGGAACGGCUCGCUCUGCCUGGACCGAGCCCCGCCCUCGGCGCUCAGCAUCCCGGUGGACCGUCUUCCGAGAGGCGAGGCUGAAUUUAGAGGAGAGCUGCUGGCAGAGGACUUUCCUGUCAGCCAGAGAGGACGAGCACGGAGAACUGCAGCGGUGCUACUUGGAGCAGCGCGGUGGCUGAGCGUGGAGGAGAGGUGCGGGGGCCGCUGCCUGCGGGAGCACCUCGGCUCUCCGGCGCUCCCCCGCCAGGUGCUGCGGGCACCGGUUUCUGCUCCAUUUAUUUGUCUUCUAGCAAACCGUAGAAACUAUAUGCUUAAUUUGUUUGAUGCCAAAUGCUUUGUCCUCUGAGGGCGGUUCACAAGUCCUCAGGUGUCCUAAAUCUCAGGUUUUCCUUCGUGGUGAAAGUAUGCCGAACGCUUGGUCGCUGGAGAGUUGCCCUCACCCAGUAGGCCAGUCUGUCCCAGAACUCGGCUGCAGUUUCAGUGGUGCUCGAGUUCUUCCAGAGAGCAACCGCACCCUACGACAACUUAGUACUGUGAGCUGACUUGCCUGGGGGCUGAUGUCGGAGCCUCCCCACGUGCGCCCAAAGGGCUUCUGUUAAGUCUGCGUCGUUGCCGUGCCCUCUAGUUCACGGAGUCGCCGGCGUGCAGUGAAGUUAGUGAAGCUCAGCUUCUCCUCGCCCCGUCGGGGCAGGAGGCUGCUUGCUGUGUGUCGCUCUGGCCCUCUCCUACGAGAGGUCGAGGGACCAACCUGCAACGCUGUAUUUGCCAGCAAAAUCCUCAGGAGCCCCCGCAACUCUUUGGGGGUCAAUUUCUUGUGGAAGUAAACAUACGGAGGGCGUUUAAAUCGCUUCCCCCGACGGUGAUUUCGGAGCAGCCCAGGGUGGUGGAUUGGUGUCCCCCCCAGACUUCUCUCCGGGCAGCGGGGCUGAGAGCUUGACGCUUCCCUAGCGCUGCUGCCCGGGGGCUCCCUUCGGCGCGAAGCGUGACCCCUCGCUUGGGAUCAGAUUUGUCGGGCUUGGAGCCGGAGGUCAGGCAGAGAGCUUCCCUUAAUCCCUGCUUGCGAGAAAGCACUUGUGGAAAUAAGUACAGUCGUUCUUGUUGAGGUCCUGGGGAGCGCGUGUGAAAUGCAGCCAGCGGUUUCCAUGGAGAUGCCUUGUCUUCGGCAGUGGUCGGGGGCCAGUCCUCGGAAUUGCUCUUUGCGGUGGUUCUCGAGCGCUAGGAGGGCUGCGGGCGAGAGGUGUAAAGCCUCCUCUGGAGCGGGAGGGUCCUGGGACUUCCUUCCCUCUGUUUGGUUCACUGUGUUACGUUUCUAGCUGUCCUGGAAUCUGUGCGUACGCUUGUAAAUAACAGCUUGC